GUCGCUCCCCGCCCUCCCGCCACCGCCCGCCCUCGUUCGCUCGCGCUCCCCGCCCGCCGCCCGCGGUCCUCCGUCGGUUCUCUCCGUAGCCCGCCGUCUCCCGCGGAGCUGCUCGUCCUUGUCUCGGAGCUCGCGGACUCGCGGACAGGCGUCCUCCGCACGAAGAGGCCGGACUCGGAGUCGUCGCCUCGAGCCUUGCAUCUGAAAAGUUCCAGGUACUUUGUACAACUGCAUCCCAGAAGCUGUGUGUCUUCAGCAUCUUCAUAAGGGAUGGCUGCCAUCAGGAAGAAGCUGGUGAUUGUUGGUGAUGGAGCCUGUGGGAAGACAUGCUUGCUCAUCGUCUUCAGCAAGGACCAGUUCCCAGAGGUUUACGUGCCCACAGUGUUUGAAAACUAUGUGGCAGAUAUUGAAGUAGAUGGGAAGCAGGUAGAGUUGGCUUUAUGGGACACAGCUGGGCAGGAAGAUUAUGACCGCCUGAGGCCUCUCUCCUAUCCAGACACUGAUGUUAUACUGAUGUGCUUCUCCAUUGACAGCCCUGAUAGUUUAGAAAACAUCCCAGAAAAAUGGACUCCAGAAGUCAAGCAUUUCUGUCCAAAUGUGCCCAUCAUCCUGGUUGGGAACAAGAAGGAUCUUCGGAAUGAUGAGCACACAAGACGGGAGUUAGCCAAAAUGAAGCAGGUAUGUGGUGGGGGCAAGAAGAGCAAGAGUUCUGUUUCACAUAGAUACACACACAUACACAUAAUUUUAGACAGCCUUGGCUGUCCUGAAAUCUCAGGUGUUCUGAUGUUGGGGCUUCUCCUGUAAAGGAGGAUAUAAAGU